GGCAAGAACGGACGAGCCUGCUCUUUCAAGAUUCUGGACAUCCCUGAAGAAGAAGAAGAAGAUGGCCAUGACCAUGAAGCAAGCGACGUCGGCAAGCAAGAAGAUGAUACCGCCAGAGGAAUGUUUCUGCUUUGUCAAAGAGCAGAUUACUACUUUGUCAAAGAGGUGGAUUUUUUCGAUGAUGAUGACGAGGAUGAAAUAUCGUCCGCGGUAAAUCACGACCCCUGUGACAUUCCCAAUGCUUUUCCUUGCGGACAUGGCCUUUGUGGUGAGUGCUCCUUUCGAUGGCAACAAAGAUCAUUCUCCACUUCUGGGAAGUGUCACUUGUGUAACCAGCAACAAACUAGAAAAUUUCUGCAACGACCUCGUCACGAAGAUCGGGUAGAGAGGACUAGUACUGCAGCAAGAGGGGGUGGGACGAGAAGGAGAACCUCUUCAUCUGACUCUGCUGGGACCUCGUCCGCUACUACUUCUAGGACAAGACCUUCUUCUUGUUCACGAACAUGCCGUGCGAAUUUCGACGCUUUGAAACUCUUUUUUAGCGAUCUUUGUCCUGUACAUCUCGGCACGGACCAGGUAAUUCCAUGGAGGCGUGCUGAAGAAGUCGACUUGUCCCGUGACAAAGUCUUGAAUGAACUGCUUGUGGACCUUUUUGUUGCGGGAAUAUCUGGUGAAAGAAGUGAUGGAGGUCCUCCUGGCGAACCUCCUAAACAAGAAGAUCAACAUUCUUCACAGGUGGAGGAGACCUCAGCCUUCGAGUUAGGAGACAAACAAGGCGUUCUUGACAUAUUAGGAGAUGACGACUUCAAUGACUACGAGGACCAAGAAUAUUGCAGGUUAGAACACGUGACAGAAGAAGUUCAGCGACAGUGUUGGCAACGUUUGAAAAUCCAUGUUGGGAUCACGUCUUUCGUGGACACAAUCAACAACAAAAUCCGAUCUUUGCAAAGGCAAGAGGUGACCACCCUCUUCCAUCGCACGAUUCUGACGUAUUUGCUGCUGCAAUUGGAUUUCCUCGUUGUGCUCUUGGUUGUCUUAGGUUGCUUAUCUGAAGCGAUUGAGUACACAGGCUUUUUUUGGGACGAUGCACUUAUGGUGCUGCUCGGGAGAUAUUUCACUGAGAGGCUAGCGGAUGGUAGUGGCAAAUUCGUUGGGAGUCUUAGACGACCUACAACGAGUACAAGUGCAACCUCCUUUACUUCUUCUCUUGGAGCAGGUGCUACAACGUCGUCAAGUGCGUCGUCUUCUUCAGGACAACAUCGUGUUAGUGAAGAUCAGCACGCUCCUUGUGUAAGAAGCAGUAGUAGCUCACCCAGAAGCUCGACCCAUGCUAGAAGCGCUGUAGUAACUGCUACUGCAGUUCUUGUCCGAGAUAAUUGCUUGUUGUCCGCGUGCUGCACGAGUGGUUUGCCGUGGCCCUCAUCUUGUUGCUACAGUGUGCUGGCGCUACCUUCAAUACUAGCAGGUCUAGGCAGUAAUAGAAGGACAGGAACAACGGAUGAAGAACAAGGUAGUCAACCUCGAGACGCAUUCUUGCGCGUUCCGCUACUUCCACCACAAGACGAACAUGCCCAUUGUGACGCAAUUGAAACUGUGCGGCAAGCAAUCCGCGAAUUGUCUGCAUUACUUUUAUGGAUCCUAAUUAUAGCUGCAUCAUGUAAGAUAAAUCUAAAUCCUAUCUUGUUUGCUGCAGCAAACUUUUUGGAAGUUAUUCUUCUAGCUGUACUAAAACUAAUAUCUUCUUCCACAUCGUUCUCUUUGUUCCACUACCCUCUGUAUCAUCGUCUGUUCUUGAACAAGGUCUUCUAAUCCCCAGACGUACCAAACAACAACUCCGAGCUUUCGCACACGAUCACUGCAAUCUGAAAACUUGGCAACCCUAUGCAGGUGGCUUACAGAACUUUCGGGCGCCGUGUGAACUCUUAGAACGGCUAAGGGAGCGAAGUUUAGACGACUUCUUGAUGGAGGAACAUGAUUUGGCAGAGUACUUGGAAAAACAAGCACAUGCACACGCACAUGCACACGAUGUGGAACCGCAUCGGGACGUUGAAGAUGAGUGCGGACGAAGUUGUAAUCCUGUUAUGGAGCGGAUGAGGAUCAUGUCUCCUUUUUGGGUAGGCUGUCUCUGUCGCGGUCUCGACUGUGAUCAGUUGCAGACUGGUACCCUACGGUCGUCACGAAAGGCGAUAUCAGGGCAACAAACAUGACAUGAUUUGAGAAAACGAACAAGUCCCGCCAUUAGGCUAGUAGUACUAAGAAUGGGACACUAAAAAAUAUGAUGAUGAACUACAGUGCUAGUCAGUGGUGCUGUCCUCUACACCAGACGAGGCAGCUCUUCUUUUCUAAUAUUCAUCCACGUGGGGAUCCUCUUCCAGUGGGAAAAGAGGCCCCUUGCAGAGUAAAACAGCUGUUGAACAGCCUGGACAGCGAGUCACUGCGGCAACAACUGCAGUCGCAACUAGAGCUUUUGCAGGAGGCAUACACAGCUACUUUUGGUGCUGGCGUGUAAGCGCAACCGGAUGCCAGAGCCAGAGGGGAGUGAGGGCGUAUUAUUAAAGUAAGUAGAUCAAAUAUAACGACAAUUAUAUUGUGAAGAUUGAUUGUGAAGAAAUGUUUUCUCGUGGUUAUGAGUUUAGUUCUAGUUUGUUAUUUCUUUUUUCAAAUAAUGCCUGACAAUGGCGAUACUCUUUGUCUAGGCAAAAAAAAUUGAGUACUCUACAUGUAAAAUACGAGCCUUAAUGUGCUCUAGUACAUCAACUCUUACGUUCUCACACUGCUUUUAGAUUUACUACUCUUCUGCAUUAUCAUCAUUUGCUAACAUAACAACUCUUUUCAUUUCCCUGUCGCAUACUUUUAUUAUACUUCCCGCUCCUGGUGCUGCUCUCCAGGAGUACUAGUUCACCUUUUUGUAUUUUUGAAUCUGAGAUCAUUUCAUUAUAGACUCUUGAUGCUCGAUCUGGAGGCGCUGUUGAUCGGAACUCCGUGAUUGAGUUCUUGAAAAAAAUAGCGGCUGGCAAUGGCAUGAUCAUUCGAAGAGGUGGAG